GAGCGCGCGCCCCGGAGGCGUCAGCCAAUCAGCACCUUUUUCCUCCAACGGUCAUCGUGCGUACUUGCCGACUACGUGCUGAGGGCGGAGGAUUUCACCCAAUCAGAAGCAACCCCACGUGGGGUCAUCUUCUCAUUCUCACUCGAGCGACCAAUGGGAGCCCUGCAAGAACCCCACGCCAAGGACUCCAGCCUCGGCCAAUCACUAACACCCCCCUCUCAGGGAGCCUGUCGCGCGCCGCAAGCGCGCGCGCUGAAGGAGCCAAUCAGCGUCGACGCCGAGGUGUCCUCGCGCCGCUGCCUCCUCGCUCACCCCCCUCCCACCUCACUCCCCCCGCCCGCGCGGCGCUGCUCCUGCUCCCCGCUCGCUCCCCCGCCCUCCCCGGCCCCCGCCCGCCGCCGCCAUGGACCCGAGCAACUGGAGCAGCUUCAUCUUCCAGAGUCACACACAGAAUCCCCUCCAGGUCGGGGCCGAAAUCCAGUCCCGGUUUUUCGCCUCCCAGGGCUGCACCCAGAGCCCCUUCCAGGCUGCCGCCGCGGCGCCCCCGCCACCCGCUCCAGCCACCUCUGCUGAUUCCCUGCAGGUGGACCUGCUCCCGGUGCUGGCGGCCGCCCAGGAGACGGCAGCGGCCGCGGCGGUGGUGGCGGCUGCCACGGCCUCAGCUCCAGCGGCCUCCACUGUGGACACGGCAGCCCUGAAACAGCCGCAGCCGGGGCCCGAGGGGAGUGGGGGACAGGUGGCCCCAGCCCCACAGGCCACCUCCCAGCCCCCCCCGGCCCAGCCGCCCGCGCCGCCCCCGCCCAGCGAGGCCCAGAAGAAGUCGAAGAGCAAGGGGCCGUACAUCUGCUCGCUCUGCGCCAAGGAGUUCAAGAACGGCUACAAUCUCCGGCGCCACGAGGCCAUCCACACGGGCGCCAAGGCCGCCCGCGCCAGCCCCGCCGCCAUGAAGAUGCCCACCAUGGUGCCCCUCAGCCUGCUGAGUGUCUCAGCCCUGGGGGCGGGCGGGGGCGGGGCGGCGCCGGGGGCGGAGGGGGGCGGGGCGGCGGGGCUGGUGACCACCACGGCCUCUGGCAAGCGGAUCCGGAAGAACCACGCCUGCGAGAUGUGCGGCAAGGCCUUCCGUGACGUCUACCACCUCAACCGGCACAAGCUGUCGCACUCGGACGAGAAGCCCUACCAGUGCCCCGUGUGCCAGCAGCGCUUCAAGCGCAAGGAUCGCAUGAGCUACCACGUGCGCUCGCACGACGGCGCUGUGCACAAGCCCUACAUCUGCAGCCACUGUGGCAAGAGCUUCUCCCGGCCGGACCAUCUCAACAGCCACGUGCGCCAGGUGCAUUCGACAGAGAGACCCUUCAAAUGUGAGACAUGCGAGGCGGCCUUCGCCACGAAGGACCGGCUGCGGGCACACACGGUGCGCCACGAGGAGAAGGUGCCGUGUCACGUGUGCGGGAAGAUGCUCAGCGCCGCCUACAUCACGGACCACAUGAAAGUUCACAGCCAGGGGCCCAACCACAUCUGUGAGCUGUGCAACAAAGGGUUCACCACAGCGGCUUACCUCCGGGUGCACGCAGUCAAGGACCACGGACUGUCGGCCCCGCGGGUGGAGCGCUUCCUGUGCAAGCUGUGCGGCGUGCACUGUAAGACCCCGGCCCAGCUCAACGGGCACCUGCAGACGCACGCCGGGGCCGGGGCCGGAGCCGGAGAGGGGGCCGGGGCCGCGCCCGCUGAGGCCCAACCGCUGCGGUGAAUCGCCGGGGACAGGUACGGGCGAGCUGUGCCCCCUGGCAGCAGCAGCGGCCCCGCCCACGUCGGCCGUCACCGUCCUGCCCAUGGAGGGGGCCCCGGUGGUGAGCCAGCCGCUCCCCACGCAGCCCUGGUGAUUCCUGGGGGGCAGGA